AUGCAAGGAGAAGUAAGCCCCAGUCCUUCCCUUAUUGACAGAACCAUCAAGAUGAGAAAAGAAACAGAAACUAGGAAAGUGGUUUUAGCCUGGGGACUACUAAAUGUAUCCAUGGCUGGAAUGAUAUAUACUGAAAUGACUGGAAAGUUAAUUAGUACAUAUUAUAAUGUGACAUACUGGCCACUCUGGUAUAUUGAACUUGCCCUCGCGUCUCUCUUCAGUCUUAAUGCCUUGUUUGAUUUUUGGAGAUACUUCAAAUAUACCGUAGCACCAACAAGCCUGGUGGUCAGCCCUGGACAGCAAGCGCUGUUAGGGCUGAAAUCAGCUGUUGUGCAGACCACACCUCCUCGUGAUUUGGCAGCCACCCAAAUCUCUCCAUCUCCACCUUCCCCUUCCAUUCAAGGUCAGAGUGUGCUAAGUUACAGCCCAUCUCGUUCCCCCAGUACCAGUCCCAAGUUUGCCACCAGCUGUAUCACUGGGUACAGCCCUCAGCUGCAAGGUCUGUCCUCAGGAAGCCUGGGCUCGUACAGCCCUGGAGUGACCUACUCGCCUGUCAGUGGCUACAAUAAGUUGGCAAGCUUUAGUCUGUCUCCUUCUUCUCCGUACCCUACCACUGUGGGUCCAGCGGAGAGCAGUGGAUUGAGAGCUCGCUACCGUUCUCCACCCACAGUCUAUAACUCACCCACUGACAAAGAGGACUACAUGACAGACCUGAGAACUUUGGACACGUUCCUUAGAAGCGAGGAAGAGAAACAGCAUAGAGUGAAGCUGGGGAGCCCAGAUUCCACCUCUCCUUCUACCAGUCCUACCUUCUGGAAUUACAGUCGUUCUGUGGGGGAUUAUGCACAAACCUUAAAGAAGUUUCAAUAUCAGCUUGCCUGUAGAUCUCAGGCCCCAAGUGCUAACAAAGAUGAAGCCGAUCUCAUUUCUAAGCAAGCUGCAGAAGAGGUCUGGGCAAGAGUGACUAUGAAUAGACAGCUUCUUGAUCACAUGGAUUCAUGGACAGCCAAGUUUAGAAAUUGGAUCAGUGAGACAAUAUUAGUGCCACUUGUGCAAGAGAUUGAAUCUGUCAGCACCCAGAUGAGACGGAUGGGCUGUCCAGAGCUACAAAUAGGAGAGGCGAGUGUCACCAGCUUGAAACAAGCCGCCCUGGUCAAAGCUCCUCUCAUUCCAACUCUGAAUGCAAUUGUGCAGUAUUUAGAUCUAACACCAAAUCAGGAGUACUUGUUUGAAAGAAUCAAAGAACUUUCUCAGGGGGGCUGUAUGAGUUCAUUCCGAUGGAACAGAGGCGGAGACUUCAAAGGACGCAAGUGGGAUACGGACCUGCCCACUGACUCUGCUAUCAUCAUGCAUGUGUUUUGCACCUACCUGGAUUCCAGAUUACCUCCACACCCUAAGUACCCUGAUGGAAAAACAUUCACUUCUCAGCACUUCGUUCAGACGCCAAAUAAACCAGAUGUUACGAAUGAAAAUGUGUUUUGUAUUUAUCAGAGUGCUGUCAACCCUCCACAUUAUGAGCUAAUCUAUCAGCGACAUGUCUACAAUCUUCCAAAGGGCAGAAAUAAUAUGUUUCAUACAUUGUUGAUGUUCCUUUACAUCAUAAAGACCAAAGAGUCAGGAAUGCUUGGGACCAGGAAUCCAACUUGGGCUUGCACAUGCUAGACAAGAGCCUACCAGUAAACUACAGUGCCUGUGCUCCACCACACCUUUUUAAAAUUUAAGCACCUAACAAAACUUGGCCCUGAAAUCAAUUUUCCCGCCUCACCCUCUCAAGUAGCUGGGAUUAUAGACCUGUGCCUCUAGUCACAGCCACGGUAUUCAUUUAUUCAUUACACACCUACCAAUAUUGAAGUAAUUUAUGGUAGGUGCUAAGAGUAUAAAGAAAACUGAAGAUACUUUGUUUCUCUCAUAUAGUGUAACCUAACAAAACCCCAUACUAGUGUCCAGCUUUGGGUCAAUAAGUUACAGUCAGCUCAGACUGGCCCAGAGAUGCCUUGGUGAGAUGCUCAUACGUAUUGACUGGCAUCUUGUUAGUGUGGCUGGUGUGGGAUAGAACUGACUGUAGCUAUGUCAAACUAUGCAUAUGAUAGAAGAAAACACACAAGUUUAAAUUCACUUAUCCACGGAAGAUUUUUGGUGUUUGUUUUUUAAAUGUUUUUUAUAUUACUUUUUUAAAAAAUAUUUUUUAUAUUUUUUAAGAUUUAUUUAUUAUGAAUACAUUAUUCUGCCCGCAUGUGUGCCAACAUGCCAGAAGAAGACAUCAGAUCCCAUUACAGAUGGUUGUGAGCCACCAUGUGGUUGCUGGGAAUUGAACUCAGGACCUUUGGAAGAACAGCCAGUGCUCUUAACCUCUGAGCCAUCUCUCCAGCCCAAUAUAUCACUUUUUAGAAAAAUUUAUUUAAAAUGUUUUUUGUUGUUUUUGUUCUUCCAUGACAGGGUUCUUUGUAUAUCCUUGACUGUCCUGGAACUCUCUCUGUAAACCAGGCUGGCCUCAAACUUUCAGAGGUCCACCUGCCUCCGCUUGAGUGCUGGGAUCAAAAGUGUACGCCACCACCC